AUGGCUUCGAUAUUCAGCCUCUCCGCUAGUCCUAGCACUGACAUCUGGAAGAAGCCUCCCUCCACGAACGUCUUCAAAGCACCCUCCCGCCCACACUCCUCCGGCCCCGUCAGCACCUUCGCUUCCGCGGCCAUCACCUUCACCACCACCUACACGCACCAGUAUGACCAGGCGGGCAUGCUGCUGACCAUCACCAACCCCGCCGACCCCGCGGCCCCGCGCAAGUGGAUCAAGGCGGGCAUCGAGUACUACAACGGCAUCCCGCGCCUCUCCGUCGUCUGCUGCGACUCCUGGGCUGACUGGAGCGUCGCCCAAGUCACGUCCGGCGCCGACGAAAUCAUCGCCGGCACGAAGAGCGUCACCAUCAACGUGGUCAGGGAGGACGAUGAGCAUGGUAGCUCCUGGUGGGUCUACCAUGUCGAUGGCGACAAGAAGACGCCGCUGAGGGAGAUUUGCUGGGUGUUGGGAGAUAACGGGGGCGAGGGGUUGGACGUGAAGGUGAGUGCCUUGGUGGCCCGGCCUGGAAAGGUUGCCACGGAUGAGUUAGAGGCCAACUUCAGUGACUUUGACGUUGAAUGGAAGUAG